GUUUAAGGGGGGCCAGAGCCCUAUAAAAAUGUGCCGCGGACCGGACCUCGGUAUACUCAUAGUCGAGUAACUAGUGACAAUCGUCCUCCUAAGAGACCGACUUGUUUUCGCCGCCUCAUCAUGUACAAGUGCGCUGUUCUUGCUCUUCUCGUCGCCUGCGUCGCCGCGGCGCCCGCCCCCGGUUACCUGGCGUCCGCACCCGCGAUCGCCGCUGCACCGGCUGCACUCGCAUACUCGGCGCAUCCUGCAUCCAUCGUCCACGCUGCACCGCUCGCCUAUGCCGCGCAUCCAGCUCCGCUCGCCUACGCCGCUCACGCAGCUCCGCUCGCCUACGCCGCUCACGCAGCUCCGCUCGCGUACGCUGCACCUGCUAUCAGUUACAUUCACUAAUCAACGACCUGCAGGAGUGAUCCGCACUCUUCUCCGGGACGACAACGGGAGGGCCGAUCUCAGCUGUCUGAUGCAGAGCGACAAUGUGGUUUCUGAUUAAUUCUUUUUAUGAAAGGGAGGGGAAAAAUUACUUUUUUUUUUAAUACAUAAUUUCCAUUAUGUUUAAUGUGUAUGGAGAGAUGGAAAUAAAUUAAUGCUUCUACCUAAUCAUCAUGUCUGGUUUACUUCGCGACGUCUCUGCGUAUCACACCGGCGUCGUCGCGACGCGACAGCGGGCGUUGACGCGUUCGAAAUGAGAUAUACAUUUCCGCCGAGCGGAAAGUAAUCCUCUUCGCGUACUUAGGCUUCAAAGGGAAUUUUAAUGACGGCCCUGCGUCGAAAUGCUCGCAUUACGCGCAAAGCUAAAUGCGCUCGUAAAUAAGUCACGAAGCCUGUCGGCCGUUUUACGUAAAUUAAUUUCGUAAUUUCGGUAGACCGCGCCGAUUCAAACCGCGACGAAUCUAAGAAUUUCAAAAUUCUAUGUCUAGAACGAUGAUGAAUCGAUAAAUUAUAUAUCAUUUUUUACAAUUAUUAUUACCCGGUAAUAUAGAAUGUAUGAAAAAGCAAAACACUAUUCGCAUAUCCAAUUUUUUUUCGGUAUGUAGAAGACGAGAACGCUGCUGCAGAAGAUGUUUUGUUUAAUACAUCAGUAUGCGUUUUUACAGAAACACUUUGCAGAAAUGUGUUUUCCUCUCGCGUAAAAUUAUUUCGAAAAAGAGAGAAAGAGAAAGAGGUGAGUACACGAGAGUACUUUUACCGUAUCGCCUCUCCAAAUGUAUCCGUAAUGAGUAUUCGGUAAAAAAAAAA